CCCAAGCCCGGCUGAGAAAGGAGGAGGGUUGGAUGUAAGGAGGGUCAUUGUGUAAAAUAAACAUUUUUUUUUACUGUGUAACUAAUGGAAGCCAAAAAACCUCUGAAACAGGCACUGAACAUAAAUUCCAAUAUUUGUUUUUAUGCAAAAUUUGUCCAAACCAGGAAAUGGAAUCAAUAUUAACAAAAUGACCAUUUAUCAACAAAAAUUGCAUCUAAAAAUCAUUAAGAAAUCUGAUGUAUUUGAAAUUCUUACACAAAAUAAAAAGAAUUCAGAUUCCCUGCAAUUUUAUCCUAGCUCGCGAUCAUAAUACUUAUGAUACUUUUGCCUACAGAUAUUUCUGAAUAUGCAAAAUCAAAUUAUACCACAAGGAAGUAAAAAUUUAAAAGAAUUCUCAUUUUCCAAACAUUUUUUUCUUUAUUAUUUUUUUUCAAAUGGCAGUCAAAUGGUUAAGGGAGUCCUUACUUUUAAAGUUGCUCAAUUUAACAUAUGAUAUCUUUUAUUUUACAUGUGAUUUUUUAACAUGUUGAUCAGUUCCAUGUAUGAUAAUGUUAACAUGGUUAAUGGGUAUACAUAUAUUUUUUUAAUAUGUUGCUCAAUUCGAUUUGAUAAUGGUUUAUGGGAAUACAUAUCAUUUAAUAUGUUGCUCAUUUCAAUUUGAUAAUGUUCGGUGGUAUACAGAUAGUUUUAAACACAAUGUUGCUCAAUUUGAUCUGAUAAUGUUCAUGGGUAAACAUAUGAUUUUUUCAUAUGUUCCUAAAUUAGGUUUGAUUAUGUUAAACCAACUUUUAAACAAAAAUGGAGACAAACUAUACAAUUGUUAAACACAUCCUACAAUUAACUUUGAGGACCUGGAUGCAAAAUAUUACUUCUUGCAUUCUCAAACAAUAUACUGGAGAGGAAACACAUUCAAAACCAAAAACAAUGUGGAAAGAAAAACCUGAGCACUGGCCCCUUAAUAAACCAUUUUAUGACACAAAAAACAAAUCACAAGACAAUCAAGGAAAAACAAUAUCUAAUGAAGACCUCUUGAAAUGUUUGCUUGAUUGCUGCAAGCACAAAAAUGUACAAAUCAACUUCCUAUAUGAGAAAGAAGUAGCUGCUUGGCAAGAAAAAAGAUGUGAACUACUUUAUAAAUUAUUUAUAUUUCGCAUGAAUAUGGAGAAAAUCAAAAUAUCCGUUGAAAACAUGAUUUCCUAUAUAGAUUCAGAGGAAAUGAAUACUGGUCUGCAAAAUAUCAAUGUCAGUCUUACUUCAGAAAAGGACACAACAAGUAGUCGCUGCAAAGGGAAGUCUGAAAUAAUAACUGAAAUUACUCGCAAUCUUGCCACCAUUCUGUGUAAAAUUAUUAAAGGAAAAGAUCCUGAAGCAAAAUGUGAUGGCAUUUGGAAGUCUCCUCCUGAAAACUGGCCAUCAGGAGUUCCUUUUUAUAGUCCACACAACAGAGGAAAACAGACAGGCUCAGAUAAAGAACUUGUUUUGACUCUGAUUCAAAAUCCAAAAGCCAUUAUUCCUAAGAAAUUUCAGUUUCUAGUUACAGCUUUUCAAAAAGUUGUAAAUGCAAAUAAUUCUAAAGAAGCGAAAAAACACAAAGAAACAUUGUGUAGAAUUUAUACUAUUCAGAAUAAUAUUUCAAUCAUUGACAAUGCGCUGCAGAGUAUGCAUGAACAUGGACUAUUUACAAGGAACAUACACAGCGUAUUAAACCAAUGGUGGACAACACAAACUCUUGAUAGUCAAAGUGAUGAAAUCUUGAAGAAUUCUGCAAUAAUUUUGGACAAAAGACAGGCUAUUCAAAUACAAAUUUCAAAGACAUCUUUCAAAAUUGGCUUUAAAGCAAAUAAUCUGGAGGAGAAUACAAAGUCACAUGUAUUUUACAACAUUACCUCCCAAACACAAAAAUCUUGUCCACAAACAAUCUGCAGUAGUUCAUCAACAAGUUCUGCAACCAAUGAACAUAAUCUGGAAACACUAAAUAAUGACAGCAUAUGUCCAAGCUGCUCAAAACACAGUGAUUUUAAACAUUGUAAAGAUCAGGCAGUUUUAACAAAAGAACAAUCUAAAAAGUGUCAAACACAAGAAUCCAGACAACAUCUAAGUGAAAACUUUGGAAGCAGCAAACAAGAGUCAGUCAUUGCUAUAGAAAAUGAUGAUAUAUCUCUAAAUUCAAAGCAGACAAGGGGAAAAAAAAGAAAGCAUCCACCAGAUGAAGAGAUAUUGUGUGGUAUAAAAAGACCAACAUUAACAGCUGGCAAAAGUUAUAACACUCAGACUGACAAAAUUAGUGAAACGCAGCAAUCAGAGCAACCAUCCAUAAGACAAGACAACAUUGAACUACAAGACAGUGAAAAGUGGUUGUUUACAAAUUUAGGCAUUACAGAUGAUGAUUUAUCAACAAGUAUAUCAACUCUUUCGGAGGAGAUCAACUUAAAAUUUUUGUCUAGUGCUGACAAUUGUUUAAGUGAUCAGCUAGAAGUUUUCCUAACAGACAUGGUUGGUUAUGAAUCAGGCAAGAACUCAAAUACCAAAGAACUUUUAUCAAGAGGUCAUGACAAAGAGUGAAUAAGUAACACUAAACACGUUAUGUAGUUCAAGAGAUUAUUUUUACAAUUUUCUGUAAUUUUAGGUUUUAAAUAGAGAAUUUUAAUCUUA